AGACUCCUAUGUCUGAGCCCCUCGUCUGGGCGGCCUUAAAAAGUCCACUUACAACGUGCCGGAGCUUGGGCGUUUUAAUUGGCUUCCGUCUACCCUUAAGUUCCUCCUUUGACGUCGUGAACGGCGUGCCGAUUGGUGGCUGAGAGAUUUGGAAGCGUUGCCCUGUCAGCGGGUGUUUAACAAAAGGAUCGGGACCAAUCACGCCAGGCCUUUCUUUUAUUCCUGGCAGUUUGAAACUGUCAGGUUUGCUUUUGCUGGGGAAGUCAGGAGUGGACGCUGCUCAGGAUUGCCUUAAUGCAGGAUGUCGUCAUCUGAGGAGAAAAGCACAAGUCCUGUUUUGCCAAAAGACUCUGAUCGAGGCAGUUCUGUCUCUUCAGAUCUUCAGGAUGAAUAUGAAGAGCUGCUUCGCUAUGCUGUAGUGACACCAAAGUUUGAACCAAGUGUGUUACGGCAGUCUGAUCGUAUAGAGGCUCAUCAGGAGUCUCCAGGAAGAAGUGCAAUAAUGGAUGGACGCAGACAUGAAACUGCAGGAAUAGGCCGGAGGAAACAUGGAAGGGCUCCUGAUUUCACCACUCGGACAACAAGAAUAGAAGUUUCAGCAUCAGUAAAGGAGCCAUCUCAUGCAGUUAUGGAAGGUCUUUGUCCAAUCCGUUCAGAAGAGUCUUCUUCACAAUUGUCUACAUCCAGUCCAAGAGAUCUUCAGGAGUCAAAUGUGACCGAUUUAAGCCUUUCGGAUGAAAGAGUUACCCACAUAGAGAGCAUACUUGAUCUCUGGAGUGGAAGUCUUAAGACAAAUGUUCUGACUGAACUGAGGAAAUGGAAGCUUCAUUUUAUUGAACAUCACACACUAGAAAUGGCACAGGCGAGAGAGAAACAUGCAGCGCACGUGAGACAAUUGACCAAUCAGUUGGAGAACCUGAAAGAGUUGCUACGUACAUAUGAGAUUUCAAUAGGAAGGAAGGAUGAGGUAAUUGCCAAUUUGACGCAUGCUAUUGAGAAGCAAAAGGACAGGAUAGAGUUAAUGAAGAAAUUCAUGAAGUGGCGCCUUCAGCAUCUUGCAGGCAGACAAGAGGUCAAACAGGAGGAGCACACAGACAAAAUAGCUGACCGGCUGUAUGAAAAAGGUUUGCAGAAGAAAGCGUGGGGAGUCUGGCGCUCUGCUCACGAAACAAAAUGGAAAGAUACGAUAGAAGAAGCCCGUCGGUCAAGUGCUGAAUCUUUACGUGUCGAGCUAUCCAAUGACUAUGAAACUAAAGUUCAGGCGCUAAAUACUGAAUUGGAGGAAGCAAAAGCUGAACUCGUAGAAAUGCACAACAAAAGACAAGAUUACGAGGAUGCCAUAAAGAAGGCCUUCAUGCGUGGUGUUUGUGCACUGAAUAUGGAAGCCAUGACUAUAUUUCAGGGCAAAGAGAUCAGAUUUGACCAUGUUGUUGAGCUGUCUGAGAAGAAAACAGAAUCUGGUUCUGGCGGUUCUACAGCAAAACUCCCUCCAUCGCAAUCUGAUCGUCCUUUACCACCAUCCUCCUUGCCGCCGCCACCUCCUCCAACAGCAACUGCUGACAGUGCUCCCAUGGACAAUUUGAUUACUUCUCACCAGUUGCAUGCGAUUACCUCACAGACGAGAUUAGAUACUGCAUUAAUAGGCUCUGGUGCUGCUGCUGGACAAGGCUCUACUGUAUUAAUAGGCUCUGGGACUGCUGCAUCCAUUCAAAAAAUGCCCACAAGUAAGGUGCUGACAUCAGCACAACAGAAGGCUGGAAGAACAAUCACUGCUAGAAUCACUGGUCGAUCUGAUUCUACACCGAAGAAUCACAUUUGUAGCAACAUAGGUGUAUUGGGUGUUUCUCCUCCUAUGAAUUCUGUUGUUGUGGAAAAACAUCAUCCGGUCACUCAACAAACUAUAUCUCAAGCUGUUGCUGCUAAAUACCCUCGAGCUUUGCACCCUUUUUCCAGUGCCGGCAUGAGGCCUUCAGGGCAUGGUGGGAAAACACGUUCCCAGCCCCACAGCACCAUCCAGUCAAUAAAGGUUGUUGACUAGGUUUACAGGUUGAGAUGCUUGUAUUUUGCCUUAAACAGGUGGAGAUAAUCUUCCAAGUUACAGUUCAAAGUGCUCCCUAAUAUUUUCACAUUGAUAUAGCAGUGCCCUAUGGAUGUAUCAUGGUUUUUACAGAAUUACUUCGCUGUAAAAAUUUGACAUUAAAAAAUUGAGCCCCCUGAGUUAUAUAAUGUAGUUCUCUGUAACUGCAAAUAAGGUGUACUUGAAAUUCUUACUUUUCUUAAACUAUUUUAUUAAAUGCAUAUUCUUGUUUAAGGAAUCAGCUGAAUAUUUUUAAUAAAAGAAUGAACUGA